AUUUAUUUCUAUUCCGUUGCUUGUCUCCGACAAAGUCCUCGUUGAGUCACUUGUUAUGUGAUUGUUACUCUUCUUGCUUCGUCAGCCAAGCAUAAGAAAACGGCAUCCGUGUUUCGUAGCACGAUUUAGUCGCGUUCCUCUUAGAAACCAGUAAAAAGGUUUUGAGUGACAAAAGUUCUAGAAGUAUCAUUCAAAAUUAUAUAAUAUAUAUUCAAAAUUUAUGUAGUUAUUAUCAUCAAAGAAAUUUUAAAAAAACUACUAAGCAUUUGUUCCCAGUAAUAACCAGAUUGUUCAAUUUGUGCUACUCCAAGUUUAAAUAUUUACAAUAUUUUUGCUACAUAAAAUCUCAGCUAUGUAUUGCGGUUUGUUAAUAUUUUGUGCAUUUUACAUUUUAAAUCUGACAUUUGGAGAUCAAUCAUCUCUAUAUCUGAGUGAAAUUCGCAGCUUAAGCGAAUUGCCAAUGAAUAAACUAAUUCAUAUAAAAUCUUCGCUUGCAAGUAAUAAUGAUAUUACUAACGAAUAUGAAGAUAUCGAGAUGUCUAGAACAUUACCGUUGACACUGCCAAUGGCAUUGAAGAGAAAUAAUAAGAAACCUAUAAGACGACACGAAGAACACUAUGAUGAAAAAGGCAAAGAUACGAAGAUUUCAAAAAUCUUUCAACUAGCAGUAACUGCACUCUCUUUUCUUGCAUUUGGUGGUUAUCUUCUUACACUCAUAAUUACAGCAAUUCGUCGCAAUACGCCCAAUGGAAAUGGAAAUGUCCUUAUAUUUUCGAAUCUGCAAAGUCUACAGAAAUUGAACCGCCCUAAACGGAAUAUUUUAAUAUUCGAUCCAAUGGAGAAUAACUUCGAAAUAGACAAACUCUAUGAAGGAAUGAUUAUGCUUUCGAGAAGUUAUGCCUUGUACAAUUGACCACAAAUCGUGUAAACUUAGCAUUUUCUAAAAAAUUAUUAUUUAUAUAUAAUUAUAUUAGCAAAUAAUAAAAUAUACAAGCAAUAAUUUAAUAUAUAAAUACAAUAUAGAUGCAAUAAAUUAAAACAAAUGUUUUAUAAAAGAAUACAACAGGAUUUUAAAUGUAAAUGUUACAACAAAUGAAUUAAUAAAGUUAUUAUGUCCCUAACAAUUUAGAAAAAAACGACUUACUUUUAUUACAGAAUGAAGGUACAUAAAAUAUCGUAAUAAUCCAAAAAAA